AUGUCUUUAUUCCGAAAACCUAAAAAGAUACAACGACGCGUGUUUUGUGUUGAUGAUGAUGAAGACGUCGAUCCAGAACCACCGCCACCUCCAACAAUAAGUCAAAAGAAGGAGAAUAAGCUCGUAAAAAGCAAAACAUUGUUAAGUUUUGCGGAUGAAGAGGAAGAUGGUGAGGUUUUUAAGGUAAAGAAAUCAUCACAAAGCAAACGGUUAGCAAAGCGCAGAGAAAAAGAAAAGCGUUUACAGCCAGAUGAUGAAUACUAUAAAGUGGAAAAUAAUGUCCAAGAGGAUGUCGAAUUAGAAGAUAAAUAUGAGCAAAAAAAAAAGAAGAAACCCUCCCUAGAAGGCAUGAUUCUUUCUGGACGGGAGGCCGUAGCUGCAGAUGGUGCUGGAGAUAUUUCAGACGAAAGCUGUAUUGAAGAUGAGGAUAGUAGAGGGUUCCACCAGUUCCGCGCGGAAUCAGUCCGAGCGGCGCUGGCUGGAGCGGGGCAUAUCCCCGACGCUGCCCUCAUCCACGCGGCCCGCAAGACACGACAGCAGGCUCGUGAACUUGGUGACUUCAUUCCGAUCAAGCCUGAGCAGAAACCAGGGUCAAGAUUAAUCCACGAAGAUGAUGAUGACGACGACGAAGAAGAAGGCAGGAUUCAAGUCAGAGGAUUGGAUUUACCAAGCGAUAAACCUAAACGUGGAACUACAGCAACUCAAUCUGAAGAGGAAAUGAAUAGUGAAACUGAAGAGUGGGAAGAACAGCAAAUGCAAAAAGCUGUCUCUUCUAUAUCAGAUUUUACAGGUGAAUUGCCUUCAGAUAUAAACCCAUUUUCCUUAGUGCCGCCACCCCCUCGAUUAGAGGCUCCACAGCACUUGAGAGCACUUGUUUCUCCAACUGGACCACCUCCAGCCACAGCGCAGGAAUUAAUACUUGCUCUACAGAAAAGGUUGAGCGAACUGCACACAGACCGCCAGGAAACCAUAAAUAAAAGGGAAGCGUGUCGGGAGAGACUUUUGACAGCCGCGAGGAUAAGGGAGUCUAGGUCUGCUCAGUGUCGGGACCUAGACGCGGCGUACAAACGAGCGCAGGCCGUGCGCGGGUACCUCACAGACCUCAUCGAAUGCCUCGACGAAAAGAUGCCGCAACUGGAAACGUUGGAGGCUCGAGCGCUGAUGCUGCACAAGCGCCGCUGUGAGUUCCUGAUGGAGCGACGCCGGGCUGACGUUCGCGACCAGGCGCAAGACGUGCUCGCAUUAGUCGCUCGCGCGGGCUCCAUCAAACCGGCCGACUCUGAAGAGAAACGUCGUCGGUGCGCAGAGCGGGAAGGCAGGCGCCGCGCGCGUCGAUUGAAGCGAGAGGCCGCGUCCACCUCGCACCUACAUCGCGACGGGGACUCCAGUGACGACGAACUACCGCCGAAAGAACUCUUACACGUGCAACACGAAAUCGACGCCAUACGGCAGCUUUCGUCGUCGCUGUUCGCGGAUGCGCUGCCGGCGUGGCGUAACGUGCGCGGAGUGUGCAACAAGAUGGCGAGGUGGAGGCGAAAGCACGCCACGUUGUACGGCGACGCGUACAUCGCCGAUUGUCUGCCGAGGCUGCUGGCGCCUUACGUGCGGCACGAGUUAAUCCUCUGGAAUCCGCUGGCAGAUGAAGAUAACGAGGACUAUGAAAAAAUGGACUGGUACAAAUGUCUGAUGAUGUAUGGAGUCCAGCCCGAAAAUGUGUCGGAAGGUCCAGACGAGUCCUCUUCAGACGAGGAAUUCUCUGGCGAGUCCCUUCGGCUCUCCGAGAGCGGCGUGAGAGAAGACGUGGAUCUCAUGCUGGUUCCUACGAUCGUCGAUAAGGUCGUCCUACCCAAAAUUACAGAACUGGUCGACAGCGCGUGGGACCCGAUGUCCGUCCGCGCGUGCAUUCGUCUGCGCAACUUACUGCUGCGGGCGGCAUCUCUGCCCGCGCCGUCUUCGCUGGAGAGAUUGGCGGGAACCGUGGCCUCGCGUCUCGCCGGUUCGCUCGCUGCAGACGUCUUUCUACCGCCUGCGCCCCAGUUGGCCGAUAAUUCUGGCGGCGCCUUCUGGAAACGUUGUCUCGGGGCCGGCAUACGCCUGCUGCGCGCCGCCCUGUGCCUCUGUUCGCCGCCGGAAAUACUGAACGGGGAUCAUCUGGCGAUGGCUCUUAUCGAGACGCUGUGUUGUGGGGCGGGAGCGGCCCCCGGGCCUCAAAUGAGCUCGGCGGCUGCGGCGCUGGCAAAUACUCUCCCGCGAACUGGUGCUCUGCGAGCGAUGGCCCUCAGGAGACUCGCCAAACUUGCACAACUGGCGCUAACGCGCUUGCAAGCGGACAAUCCGCUGCACUUAAAGGCAUUAGAGCAGGCAAGAGCCGUACUGGCAGAGGCAAAAGCGGCGGAAUGA